AUGAGCUCGCAACUUCGGCAACGCAAGAAGCCGAAGAGCGUUGCGCCAGAGCCGCCAACAUACCGGCCUGAACACCAGUCCAAAGCUGAUUUCGAAGCCAGCUUGUUCAUUAAAAUUAUUAUACCGCCCAUCCUAUUCUGUGUUGCGAUUCUUUACUUUAUUGCUCCCAAAGUAUUUCACGACGCAUUCCAAGCCUUUAUGGGCUACGAUGAUAAUGAAAUGACUCGCAUGUUCCCUGGGACUGUGCGUACGGAAAUUGUCGCAGACAUUCCGAAAAGGGAUGCGGUCGUCCAAGCCUUCCAGCACGCCUGGCUGGCGUAUGAACGGGAUGCUAUGGGAGCGGACGAGUACCAUCCUAUAAGCCGAGAAGGCACCAACCUGACUUCUGCUGGUGGGAUCGGUUAUACCGUGGUGGAUUCACUCGACACGAUGCUGCUGAUGGGGCUCGACGAGGAAUACACACGUGCGCGUGGAUGGGUUGCCACUAAAAUGACCUUCGACCGAGACGCGUCGUUUAAUACGUUUGAGACUACAAUCCGGGUCCUUGGUGGCCUGCUUUCUGCCUACCAUCUUGCUGGGAAUGAUACGCUUUACUUGAAGAAGGCCGUUGACCUUGCGGAGCGUAUCCUGCCAGCAUUUAACACUCCCGAAGGCUACCCAUUGACCAACAUUAAUUUGGCGCGUAGGGAAGGAAUGAUUGACCCAGGAUUCCCAGAGUUCGUGAGCUCAGCAGAGAUUGCAACACUACAACUGGAAUUCCGCUACCUCACCCUGCUCACCCGCAACCCAAUCUACUGGGAAAAAGUCGAAGCUGUUAGUGUAAAAUGCGCCUCUAAAUACCGGCUGAACUGUUCCGCAGGUAAUGCAUACAAUGCGCAAGAAUCUCAUGCCGCAUGGUUUGGCUUCUAUCUUCCUCAAGCAAGUUUCUUUCUCCUCGCCCUCGCCCCGCAUUGGAUGCUUACUCUGGCCAAUAGCUGGCACACCGGUGAAUUUGCGCUGUCUGCUGUGCGACUUGGAUCUCGUGCGGACUCUUAUUAUGAAUAUUUAUUGUCAGUCGCGCUAACCUUGAAUCGUUUCCACUGGUCUGAUCGUUUUGCAGGAAGCAAUAUAUCCAAACUGCAAAACAAUACGGAAAACUUUUAUCGAGAGAUGUACGACAAUGCAAUGACUGCUAUCCACAAGACCCUCAUCAAGAGGAGCGUCUCUUCCAAUAUGGUCUAUACGUCCGAACUCAUACCUGAGCAGAACGGAAAGGGCGACAUCUCCUGGCGUUUAACGCCCAAACAGGAUCACCUCGUUUGUUUCCUAGGAGGCUCUCUGAUGCUGGGUGCCACCACCACCGGCGCGCUAGUACAUCCGGUUUCCAUUCCGCCUCGACAACAUGAGCUGUCCGAGCAGGGCAAACGAGACUGGAAAACCGGAACAAGUCUCGUCAAAACAUGCAUGGACACGCACGAUACUGCCACUGGUCUUGCCCCAGAAAUUGCCCACUUCCGUAUUGCAAGUGACGGUAUGGGCCAUGAUGCGCGGUUCCCAAGUGAUUGGUAUAUUAAAGGAGCCCAUCAACGACCCGAUGAGCUGCCUCCGUAUGAUGCACGUUACAUCCUUCGCCCCGAAACCAUCGAAUCCCUGUUCAUUGCGUAUCGUCUCACCGGGGACGAGAAAUAUCGCAACUGGGCCUGGCGCAUUUUCUCCGCCAUCGAGACGCACUGUCGUGUCGAAACUGGCGGGUACGCCAGCAUCAUCAACGUUGAUGAAAUACCGUCGCGCAAGGAAGAUAAGAUGGAGACGUUCAUGCUUAGCGAAACGCUCAAGUAUCUUUAUCUUAUAUUUUCUGAUGAAAGCGUGCUUCCUCUGGACAAAUACGUGUUCAACACCGAGGCCCAUCCCCUUCCCAUAUUCUCUAUACCUGAAGGCCUUAUGUCAUAA